AUGGUAAAUAACUCUUCUAGUGUAGUGGUUCGUUCUAGUUCACCUGGUGUCUGCUUCUUGUCGAUACCUCAGUUUGAUCCUCAUAACAUGAACCGUCCUGAUUCAGUUCAYCCGACUUGGACUUUCCUUGUUGCUGUCAAUGGUCUUGCUGCCCCACCGACAAUUGUCGUUAACAUCUUUGUCAUAUUGGUAGUCGUGAGGGAUGAAAAUCUCAGAUCUGCUUCUUUUAAUGUUUUGCUUACCUCUUUAGCAGUGACAGAUUUCCUUGUAGGAUUGCUGGUCGAACCAUUGUAUUGUUUAUUUCUUGGAUGUCUUCAAAACAAUUGUCUUUUACCUGACUGUACAUUUACGGCAUAUGUUUGCUCGUUCAUUUUUUGUGGAGGUUCAACGAUUGUCAGCUUUACAAUUGCAAGUGUUGAGCGAUAUUUAGCCAUUGAACAUCUGAAUUUUUAUCUCAAGAACAUUACAGURAAAAAAGUUAUGAUAACAACUGUAAUUGCCUGGGUUAUACAUUCGGCAUAUUUGUUCAUUACAAGCGUUUUAUUGAAUGAAAGCCACCCUGACCAGUUCAAAGUUCCAGCAGCUAUAUCGGUAGGCAUUCUUUGCAUGAUCACACUCUACUGCUCAUCUAAAGUACAGCUGACAGCUUACCGUCAGAGUAGAAUCAUCGCUCGUCAGAUCGCAACCGUUAAAGAGACCAACAACGAACAACAACAAGAGCAGGAGCAGCGACUCCAGGAAUACAAGCGAGUGUUUACGAUGACCAUGUUGGUAGCAUUAUCGUUUCUCUUUUACGCYCCUCUCAUAGUAACCGCAGUGAUCGAAGCCACGAAGGGUAAAGAUGUGACGAAUGACUUUCAGUUCAUCGCCGGACCUAUCUGUAUAAGCUUUGUAAAUCUCCAGUCUCUCAUCAACCCAAUCAUCAUGGCGCUGCGUCUGUCCUACAUUCGCCAAGGCAUCAAGAACAAGCUGACAAGGCUUGUACAGAGAAAUGAACAACUGGAAUAA